CUGAGUGUCGAGGUGAGCCAAAGUGUUAAAGAAGAGAUUGCUUCCGCGUUUAGUUCUAAUGUAAUCUUCCAGAUACGACGAAGUUUCAUAAAGUAUUUCGAAGGUUAUGGACACCUACAUGUUCCAUCGUCGUCAGUGCUUCCUUCACCAGAUGAUGCAUCAUUACUUUUCGCAAAUGCUGGAAUGAACCAGUUCAAAUCAUUGUUCCUGGGAAAUUCGCGCGCUGUGAGCUGUCAGAGAUGUAUUCGAGCUGGCGGUAAACAUAAUGAUCUAGAAGACGUGGGAAAUGACCUUCAUCAUCUGUCUUUUUUUGAGAUGCUGGGGAAUUGGUCUUUCAACGGUGCUUAUUCCAAGGAAGAAGCGUAUAAUUGGGCGUGGUACUUCCUCACUGAUGUUCUGAAUAUCAAUCCGGAUCGACUAUACGUUUCUUAUUUUGGCGGUUCACCAAGGCUCAAUAUAGCGCCAGAUGAGAAUUCGAAGCAAAUCUGGUUAGAAAUAGGAUUGCCUGAGUCGCACAUCCUGCCCUUUUCCAAUGAAAACUUUUGGGAGAUGGGCUCAACAGGACCUUGUGGGCCUUGCUCAGAGAUUCAUUACGACCGUGUGCAUGGUCGUAAGCAUGCCGGCCGUUUUGUCAACGUCAACAAUUCCAUUGUGGAACUGUGGAACAUAGUCUUUAUUUCGUACAUGAGGAUGUCUAAUGGUGAUCUUCAGCCUCUUCCAAAUAGUCAUAUUGACACGGGGAUGGGAUUGGAACGUCUGUCUUCCAUUGUCCAAGACGUGCCUUCGAAUUAUGACAUUGAUAUUUUUGCGCCUAUAUUGAGGAGUAUAUCACUUGUUCAAGACGUUGAUGGUCGCAAUGCAUCAUACCGUAUCCUUGCGGACCACUUGCGAUCAGCGGUGAUAGCUCUAUCUGACGGUGUUCAAUUAGGUUCUUUGUUGUUUGGGUUCCUAAUUCGGAAAAUGUUGCGGCGAUCAUUCUGGCAUUCAGUAGUUCGUUUGGGAAUUGAACGCUUUGCUUGUUCCGAACUGGUUCCAGUGGUUAUUGAUACACUUAAAGAAGCCUAUCCAGAACUGAAAAGCUAUGAAGAAAGCAUUAGGAAGUCCGUCGUUGAGGAAGAGCGCCAGUACUGGAGCGUUGUGGACAAAGGAAAAUCCAUCUUUGAACAGAUGCGGCUGAAUAUGCCAGAUGAGGCUACGGUUUUCAGCGGUAAGCUCGGAGAAAAUGCCUUUAUUUUGCACGACACUCAUGGGGUUUCACUAGAAAUUACCCAGGAUCUGUGUAAAGAACAUGGUUUUACCGUCGAUAUAGAAAAAUAUCAAAGUUUUAAAGAACAAGCGAAGGUACAAGCUUUUUUACAAAUAAAUUCGUUUAUAGUGUUUACUCCUCUGGAAUCCAAAGUUAUUGGUGUUUAUGCAAACAGUGAACGAGUUCAUUCACUGUCGUCUGUUGGCUCUGUAGUCCUCGAGAAUUGCCAAUUUUACGCGGAGGAAGGUGGACAAAAGUGCGACAAAGGAUUCCUAGAACUUGAUGAGGUUGGGCGCAGCUCAGUUUUCGAGGUCGUUUCUGUUGUAAAAUCAAAAGGCAUUAGUAUCUUGAGUGGGAAUGUCGUCAAUCAGAACAAGAUCUCAGAAGGCUCAGUGGUUAGACAGAAGAUCGACGUGCGUCGCCGAAUGGCCCUUAUGCGGGCGCAUUCUGCAGCUCACCUCCUGAAUUGGGCUUUACGACGUGUUGGUGCUGCUCGGAAACAAUGUGGUUCAUCUGUUGAUGAAGAUUCACUGAGAUUUGAUUAUGUAACUGAUGACUGUGCUGGUGAGGAUGACGUGGUGAGUGUUCUUCACAGAUUAUUAAAGGUGGAAAGUGUGGAAGCUCUCAUAGUGGAUAUUAUCUCCCAAGCGCGACCUGUUGUAAUGGACGAAAUGCAGCUCGAGAUUGCUGCUGUCUUUUUUGUUUUGUAUAAUGCUGAGAUAUUUGCAAAACUCCUGACCGCAGUCUGCGGUGGAGAACGAACGCGCUAUUGUCUUUUCCGAGGAGAAACGCGUUCACCACCACACCAUGGGUAUACAAAACAAAAAAGAUAG